AUCGAUCGAUCUCUCGAUCUCUCCAUCAUACUCUUCUGCUCUUGUUGCAGAGAGCGACAUCUUAAUUCCCCUCUUUGCUUGUUUAGCCGUUUUUACGUUUGAAAACCCUAAAGAAUCUUAACCCUUAUUCUAACCCUAGAGUUGGAUACUUUCUCCUGGAAGAAGAAGGGAAGAAACGAGAGAAAAUAGAGAUUUGUCGAAGAAGAAGAAUAGACAAUAAGAAUUUUAUUGAAAUUGUUGGAUACUUUGUUGCAACCUCGAGGGAGCUCGACCUGCAGCUUCUAUUGGAAAGUUAGAUAGAGCUGCUGGGGAGGAUGAGCCUGCAGCAAGUUGUACAGCCGAGGCCUUCUGCGAAUGGAUUUGGUCGUCGAAGAGUUGAAAGAGAUAUGGGAAGUCGGCAAGAUAGUAAGCCACAGUCUGGCAAGUCAAACCUGAACAGUUUUACCUUUUCGGGAGCACCUAAUGGCAGCAAAGUUGGGGGUUACGAAAGUCCUUCACGUGAUCGGCUAAUAUAUUUGACAACAUGUCUUAUUGGACAUCACGUGGAAGUCCAGGUGAAAAGUGGAUCUAUUUUCUCUGGAAUAUUUCAUGCAACAAACGCUGAAAAAGAUUUUGGAGUUAUCCUGAAAAUGGCGAGGUUAACCAAGGAUGGUUCCUUCAGAGGACAGAAGUCUUUUUCGGAGUCUAUCGGCAAGCCUCCCUCCAAAACUUUAAUAGUACCUGCUAAAGAAUUGGUGCAAAUUAUAGCAAAGGGUGUACCACUGACCGGGAAUGGAUUAGCAAAUGGGCUCCAAUGUGAAAAACAGAAAGAUAUUAUGACAGACUCCUUGAUAUCACAUUCUCAUUCUGUUGAUGUGGGGAGGGAACUGGAGCGCUGGACCCCUGAUGAAGAUGAUUUACAGCUUCCUGAUUUGGAAAAUAUUUUUGAUAACCGUUGGAAUAGGAACUGGGAUCAGUUUGAAACUAAUGAAACAUUAUUUGGAGUAAAGAGUACCUUUGAUGAGGAACUUUAUACAACAAAACUUGAGAGAGGUCCCAAAAUGAGAGAGUUGGAAAAGGAAGCUUCAAGAAUAGCUAGAGAAAUUGAGGGGGAGGAAACUCAAGAUCUUCAUUUAGCAGAGGAAAGAGGCUUUUGCUUUCAUGAAGAUUUUGAUAUUGAUGAGGAGACCAGAUUCUCAUCAGUGUUUCGGGGGGUCGAUGAUAGUGGGUAUGAAGAAAGUGAGGAUACAACAUUGGAUUCACGAAACACUGAGACGUUUGGAGGUUCUUCCGGAACUGCCAUUAGCAUAUCCUUUUCAGAUGUGGCCAGAGGGAGAACUGAUGGAGCUCAAGCAUCAUCAAUCUCUUUGUCAAUGGAUGAUUCCCAAUCUUCUCAAUCAGUUGCUAGCAAGGAUUUACACCGAUUAAGUUCUAGUGAUCUGGCUAAACAGUUGGCUUCUGACUCUGUUUCGAAGAGUCUCUCAAAUUUGGAUGGCGAGAGCAGGAUGCAUGAGAACCAGUUUAGAGAACAGCAUGGAGGAAAGAGUUACUCAAUAGAGUCUACAGAGAGGAAAACUUGCCAUGUCAGUGAGGAAACUCAAACAUCAAAAUCUGAGGAUAUACAAUCAUCACUUAAUGUGAAGAAAGCUGUCUCAGAUAAAGGGGGUUUAUCUCCCAGUGCCACUGCAUUUGCUCCUUCAUCUUCUGUUUCGUCGAAAGGUGAAGAAAAUGGAAGCUUGGUUGGGUCAUCAGAUUCUAUCGGAUUUGGAAAGCAAUGUGGAACAAUCAAAGCUGUCAACUCCCGUGGUCGACCAGGUAGUUCUACGUCAUCCAUUUCAGUGUGUGUAGCUGCACCAUCAGCUUCAAGUGGUCCUGGUUUGUCACCAAGCUCAUCUGUGGGAUCAUUAUCUUCGGAGAAAUCAUCACUAAAUCCUAAUGCCAAGGAAUUUAAGCUGAAUCCAAAUGCAAAGAGUUUCAUCCCAUUUCAAACACCUUUAAGGCCUCCUUCCCCAGUAUCUGAAGGUUCCUUUUGUUUUCCAGCUAAUGUGUCUGCUGUCCCACAUAUGCACACCGUACCAGUCGGCAUUGGGAUUGCUCCCUCGUUCGGACACCAGCCUGUGAUUUACAAUCCACAGGCUACACCAGUGCAAUCACCUCAGCCAUAUGUCAAUCCAAAUGGACCUCUGUAUGGGCAGCAGAUGAUGCUUGGCCACCCUAGGCAAAUUUUGUACAUGCCAAGUUACCCCCCUGAAAUGCCAUACAAAGGGAGAGAAUUCUGACUCUGCUGGUUGGUCAACAGAUGCCUUGCUAAACGUGCUUGUAAAUAAGAUGCUUCUGAAUGAUGGACUGGCAAUUUUUGAGCGGAGAUGCCCAGUAUUCAGUUAACAAUAAUUCUAGGGCACCAUCAGGAGCCAUGGGAGUUUUCAAUCAGCUUAGGAUGUUCACUCUCGGUUUGUAUUGUAAUUUGUUAGUAUUAUGUGUGUUUUACCGUGACUGAUGUUUUCAGAUCGAUUACGAAAAGAAAUGAUAUCUUUGGGUGUACCUUGGCAAAUAUUAUUUGGCAGGAAGCUGAGGACACUUAAAUGAGUAAAAAAGAGCCUCUAGUUGAACCUGUAAAACUAGAUGGUUCAAGGCGGACAUUUGUUCACCUAAGUUUAGAUCUUACUUUAAUGAUUCAUUUACUUAUGCUUGUUCUUA